AUGAAACCUCCGGCCUUUCUCUCGCAAAGACCUUUAUAUCUAGUUGAAUGCCUGACCAUAGCAGCGGUGCUCUGGGUCGUCGGAUGGUGCAUCGUCAUGCCCUCAACGAAGCCAAUCAGAUUGUCUUUAGAGGUUCUCCGGAGCGACUGGGCUAAAGUAUUAUCAUCUGGAGUAAUGUUGUACCUUUUCGAUCGACUCCUCCUCUGGCCCUAUCUCAGAAAUCCACUCCGUAGGCUGUUCCCCACGAUAUACACGAACGGCAUCCUGCGAUCAACACAGCUCCUCCUCGAAGAGCCCCGCGGAACCACCCCCUUAGCCUGGUUCAAGCAGCACCCAACCGCCCACGCGCUGCACACCCACGGCCUCAUUGAAGGCAGCACCAUCCUGCCCAUCAGCCCAGACGCCCUCCGCGACGUCUUCUCCGCCCAUGCCUACGGCCACACCAAACCCGCCGAAUGGGCCGCCCUCGACGCGCCGUUCCUCGGGUGGGGUCUGAUUCUCAGCGAGGGCGCGCGGUAUCGCACAGCGCGCGGCAUCAUGCUGCCCCAUCUCCGGCUCGAGUCUGUCCGGGGCAACUUUGCGGUCGUGAGGCGGAAAGCGGGGCUUCUUGCGGGUGCGAUUGGGAGGGGAGGUGUGGGUGUGGGUGUGGAUCGCGAUUAUAUGGAUGUUACACCGUUUGCGUUGCGGUAUGUGCUGGAUGUGUCGAGUGCGAGUUUGCUGUGCUAUGAUUGGGAUGCGCUGGUAUCGCGGUGGGACGAUGCGGAUACCAGGUUGUGGGAGCGGACGCUGAAUGUUAGUCAGGGCGCUGUGCGGUUCCUCAGUGUGGCUACGUAUCUGCCGGUCGGAUGCAUGAAGUUGCUCCCUUUGCGCAUAAACCGGGCGCGGGAUCGGAGAGCAAAGGCGUUGCGCAGGAUCUGCUGGAAGAUACUGGAAUCUGCUAAACUUCAAAAUGGAGAGGGCAAGCCGCUGCCUCAUCAAGCUUUGCGUCAGAUCGUACAAUCGGCCGGGUGCUCCGUCGCAUAUCCUCACGUUCCUCAUGGCUGGUCUCGAGACAACUACCGCCGCGAUCAUAUGGGCGAUCCAUACCUCACCCUCGCGGAGAAUCUAUGCCAUCAGGAAACCCUCAUAUCCGAGAUCGAUAACGUCGUUGCCGGUAGAGACUUUGAGCAUGAAGAGCUAGAACGAAUGGUAUAUCUCAAUGCAGUCGUAGAGGAGGUUCUACGACUCCACCCUCCCCUGCCCUACACAUCCCGGGCGACAUGCAAGCCCAUAAGCAUCGUAGGACGAACGGUACCCACAGGGACCGCAAUCCACAUGUGGGUCGGAGCGAUCAAUCGGAAUCCACAGUACUGGGGCCCCAAGGCCGACGUGUUCGAUCCAAGCCGGUGGAUCACGAUUGACGAGCAUGGCAUCGAGCGGGCCAACAAGCACGGCGGCGCGUCGAGCAACUACCAGAACAUGACUUUCCUGCAAGGGCCAAGGAUCUGUGCCGGACGCGACUUCAGCAAGAUGUGGAUCAAAACGGCUCUAGUUGAGAUCCUUCGGAAAUUUAGUGUAUCAAGAAGCCGAGAGGACUCCGGUGAGGUGAAGGCUCGUGGAUGGCUGAUUGUAAGGCCGGUCGCUGGUCCCCGGGUCAAGUUCACACCACGAUCUUGA